AUGAGGGCCCAGGCACUAAACCCCCAUCACAAUCCUCUUGCUGGGAUUGCCACUUUUUCUCCCAAAUCAGCAAACAUUAGAAGGAGAUGUAACUCCACUGUACGAAUGACACUCAAGGCAGAUGGCCCAUCGAUAGCUGUUGUGGGUGUUACUGGUGCUGUUCGACAAGAGUUUUUGAGUGUACUCUCAGAUCUUGACUUCCCUUACAGAAGCAUUAAAAUGCUUGCUAGUAAAAGAUCUGCAGGAAAACACCAAGAAUUUGAGGGGAAAGAUUAUGUUAUCGAAGAGUUGACUCAUGAGAGCUUUGAUGGUGUUGAUAUUGCAUUGUCGUUUUAACGUUAGGUCUUGGAAGGAAAAGAACCUACCUGUAAAAUUUUCAGUCAGCAGUAUGCUUUUAAUUUGUUUUCACACAAUGCACCUAUUACCUCAAAUGGGUAUAAUGAAGAGGAAAUGAAAUUGGUAAAGGAGACUAGAAAAAUAUGGAAUGAUAACAAUGUUAAGGUGACAGCAACUUGUAUACGAGUUCCUGUGAUGCGUGCACAUGCUGAAAGUGUGAAUCUUCAAUUCGAAAGCGCACUUGAUGAGGAUACGGCAAAAGAAAUUCUCCAAAAAGCUGCUGGUGUUGUUGUUAUUGAUAACCGAUCCGCUAAUCACUUUCCUAAUCCGUUAGAGGUGUCAAACAAAGAUGAUGUUGCAGUUGGAAGAAUACGUCAAGACGUGUCCCAAGAUGGAAAUCAGGGGCUGGAUAUAUUUGUCUGUGGUGAUCAAAUUCGCAAGGGAGCGGCUCUUAACGCAAUACAGAUCGCAGAGUUAUUGCUGUAA